UCAGAACAAGAGUUCAACAAGAGUGCUACCAAGCAACAAAACCAACAAACAAAACCAGCAAAAUGAAAUUCGCCAUCGCCGUCGUCUUUACUCUGGCCCUUGCCAUGGGCGUGCAGUCCUCGGUGAUUCCGUUGAUCUCUCAGGUGGCUGGUCAUGGUUUGUCCUACACAGCGGUCGCUAAUCCCGUGCUGGCCUCGCCCUGGGGUGUGCCAGCUGCUGCCCACUGGCCCGCUGCUGUCUCUGUUGGUGCCUGGCCACCAGCAGCCAUCCAUGCUCCCCUUGGUCCAGCAUUGAUUUCCUCUCCCGGUGCUGUUGUGGCUGCUGCCCAUGCUCCUGCUGUUGUUGUCGCUCCCGUUGCCCAUGAAGGUGUCUAUACCGCUCAGACUCGUGGCGCCGUGCACACUGCUCCCCUGGCUGGACACAUCCAGUCGGUGGCUUCGAUCAACGCUGCACCCGCUCCCGGCACUCUGUAAACUCGAAAAAAAAGACAAAAAUAAAAACGAUGAAUUCCAUUCCGCCAUGAUACUGCCAAGGAUUUGAAUAUGUUAAUGUAUAAUUAAUGAAUGUUGUAAAUACAUCCACUUGUAAACAGGGUACUCGCACAAAAAGACAUCAAAAUUAGCCUUUCUUUCGAACUAAUCAUUAUACAACUAUGUAUUUCUUUAAUAUAUUUAUUCAAAAGCCAUUUUCGUAACAA